AUGUGGCGGGUGGCGUGUCGCGAGGCGCGCAAGCAGGUCGCGUCGCUGACCCAUGGGCCCGCGUGUCGCGGCGCGCACGGCGCGCCCACACCGGGCGGUCCUUAUCCACUGCAUUCCCUCGCGCACGCCGCCCCGCCCACCGCCACCACGCCGCAUCACGCUCGCCUAAUCCCGUCGCUCGUCGUUCCUCACGGCCCCGCAGCCCUCGCCGCCACCGCGAUGCGCGUCGGCGCAUGGCGGCACGCUUCGCCCCUCGCGCUCGCGAUCACCGCUCCCUCGCUCUCCGCUCUCCGCUCCGCCCUCACGCAUUCCUCCGCCACCCUCUCUUCCGCCACCCUUUCCGCCGCCGCCGCUCUGCCAGCCGCCGCCCGCGCAAGCCUCGCGGUCCCCGCGGCAGGCGCGGCGGCGGGCCGGGCGGCAGGCGUGAGCGUGUGGAAGCACUACGGGCGGUGCUACUACGAGCUUAGCAAGACGCGGUUGAGUCUGCUGGUGGUGGCGACGGCAGCAGCGGGGUUUGUGAUGGGCAGUGGCGACCGCGUUGACUGGGCGGGACUUGGAUGGACCUCGCUCGGAACCUUCCUCGCAGCUGCUUCCGCUAAUACAUGGAACCAGGUGUACGAGGUGGCGAACGAUGCGUUGAUGAAGCGCACGAGGGGCAGGCCGCUGCCAGCGGGGCGGAUGACCCGGCAGCACGCCAUCGCAUGGGGGCUGCUCACUGGUGCCAGCGGCCUCGCCAUCCUCGCCUCCCAGACCAACAGCAUGACAGCAGGCCUAGGGGCGGCCAACAUACUGCUGUACGCGGGCGUGUACACGCCACUCAAGCAGCUGCACAUCGCCAACACGUGGGUGGGCGCUGUCGUCGGUGCCAUCCCACCGCUCAUGGGGUGA